AUGUUGGAAGCAGGACUCGCAUGCAAUCGGUUGUACGAGAAAACAACAGACACCCCAGAGCAGGGACAGGAAAAGGUCCCCGCCUUUCGGCGCUCUUGGAAAGAUUACCCUAGAGGCUAUCCCAUGCUGGCCGAACGCAUCGCUUUGAAACCACAGACGGCUAUCUAUCGCAGAUUCGACGCUCUGAAUUCCCGGCGUAUACUGUACCUUCAAGCCGAGCUCUUUAUCCUGGAGAAACGUCUGCGGAAGAUGGAGGAGAGAGAGGAAAAGAAAGACGAUGAGAUAGGCAAAGAACCAUCUCACAGAUAUGCAGUCGACUACGAGCGUAUGCUCGAAGAUCAAAAUGGCAAGGGGAAGCUGCAUUUGGAACUUCUCGGGAGAGUUAGUGAGACAUUGAGCCAGUACAAUGAAGCGCUUCUACAAGUCUCGGCCCUGUCCCAGAUCCCAACACCGCAGAAAUUCGACCUUAGCGACCUCCAACACUUCCUGGAAAGCGAGAUCAUGAAGCCAUACUGGCUGGCGGGUCUUGACCAAGUUACUUGGGGCUCUUGUGACGACCCCGAGGACUAUGCACCAGACCUGGUUGGGAUACACCCUCGCCCAAAGGCUGAUGAUUUCUCUCGCUGUAUUGCAGAGAAUUCGAUACGUCUGUUUUCCCGUGGACUCGGCCGUCUCACAAAAGGCAGCCCCAGCCUGGGUCGCAAAGUGUAUUAUGACUCGGACGUCCUGAAGGUCACGUCUUGGAUCACGUGUAUCCUGGCAUCGCUACUGCCCAUUGCCUCAAUCUUGGUCCUGUUGAAUGUUCCAUCACUCAAAGGCAGGCUUUGGGUCAUUGCUGCCUUCAACAUCUUGAUGAGUGUGUGUUUGAGGACGUUUACGGAGGCGAAGAAGUCAGAAACAUUUGCCAUUACUGCUGCG